AUGGCACAAGGAUUACCAGUUUUUCCCGCAUUUAGUGUAAACGAGCCUGGCAUAGGCCCAAGGUGGAAAAAAUGGACAAACCGCUUUGAAAAUCUUAUGAUUGGAAUGAAUAUCAAAGACAAAACGCGACAACGUGCAUUAUUUCUUCACUAUGUAGGGGAAGAAGUCAACGACAUAUUUAAUACAUUGCAAGGCACCGGGGACGAUUAUGAAACCGCAAAAACACAACUGACUGAAUAUUUCGCACCAAAAAAGUGCACUGAGUACGAAAUCUUCAAAUUUCGACAGGCCAAACAGGACUCGAGCGAAAACGUAGACAGUUUUCACACGCGAUUGAGGGCAUUAAGCAGGAAUUGCGAAUUUCCUGACACAGACAAAGAAAUUAAAUCGCAAAUCGUUCAAGGUUGUACCUCCACACGGUUACGUAGGAAGGCUUUACGAGAUGAUCUGACGUUGGACAAUUUAAUAAAGGGAGCACGUGCCCUGGAACUAUCGGAUCUACAAGCGUCCGAAAUUGAGAACAAUUCAAAGAACGAUGCAGUGAAUGUCAUGAAAUCGAAACACAAGUCAGCAUCAACAAAACACAACUCUUAUUCGACAAGAAAGAAGGCAACAUGCAAAUAUUGUGGAUACGAAUACCCACAUCAAUCAGGAAAAUGUCCGGCGGACGGAAAGACGUGCACAUACUGCAAAAAGAAAGGUCAUUUUGAAAACGUGUGCAGGUCCAAGCAGAGAAAUCUGAAUUCGUUGCAGUCAUCAAGACCUAAUUUGACCAUCCAAAUAAACGGUCAGUCUGUCAAGGCAUUGAUAGACACAGGGUCGUCUAUAAAUGUAAUUGAUGAAAGGACAUACAGCAAGCUAAAAAACAAAGUGACUCUCAGUAAGGUAGACACGAAAGUAUAUGCUUAUGGUGCUAAUAAAGUGGACUUAUUAGGAAAGUUCCAGGCUACAAUUGAAACCAAACACAAGAUCACAACAGCUCCAGUAUAUGUGGCAAAAGGUAAAAGUUGCAACUUGUUAUCUUAUUUGACAUCUGUUGAUCUCCAGGUUAUUCCUGAAAUAAGUGUCAUAACACAGAAUAAGGUCGAUGAACUUUGCGAUAAAUAUGGAUCUGUCUUCAAGGGUAUUGGAAAAAUGAAAGACACUGAAGUAAAGUUGUAUGUUGACAAAAAUGUUCAACCUGUCACCCAACCGUACAGACGCAUACCUUUUCAUCUGAGAAAACAAGUUGAAGAUGAGCUCCAAAGGCUUGAAAAGUUAGACAUCAAUGAGAAAGUAGAGGCAUGA